AUGAGCCCGAUGACUAUAGUGAGUCUGGCGCUGGAUGCGGGGAAGGAGCGGGAGGACUUUGGUCCAUCUCCGAACCCUAAAUCUACUCUACUCUACAUCACUUCCGUGGGAUAUGAUCCACAUAUCGGGGCACCACAUUCGUUCGACCGCUAUGAGGAAAGGGAGCUGGACACGUAUACCGAGAUUCUGGAAAAGAUUCAAGGCGGCGCCGCUGACGGGGGCGGUGCCUCCGUUGGAACUCUGUUGCGGGCGGCGUCAUUCCUCAAAGCUAAGCUCACCGAGCGCGAGGAUCUGCUUGAGUGGCUGGAUACGCGAUUCGCGACGCUCUACGACAUGUGGGUCGGUGAGGGCCCAAAUCAGCUUCUCGAUGCCAUCCGCGAACUGUCCAACGCGGGAGCGAGGAUAAUGACGACCAACUACGAUGACCUGCUGAGCCGACAUUGUAAUGCGCAACCAAUUGUUGCUGCUCAGACGGGCGAAAUGCAGAAGUUCUUCCAGCGGUCGGAUGCGAAGAGGCGCAUCCUUCAUACCCACGGGUCAUGGAGUAAACCGAACGGAGCCGUGCUGGAUGAAGUGGACUACGUCCAUGUUACCCAGGACAAUCGGCCCAGGAGCUUUCAGGGGGCCUGUUCCACAAGCGAUGGGGUUGUCCUCUUCUUGGGCACCGGAAGUGGGUUAAAUGACCCCAACCUUGGCAGGUUGUUAGACGGGGCCAGUGAAAUACUGCGUCAAGGUCCCAAGGGCCAUUUUAUUCUACUUCGAGAUGCGGAAAAGAACGAGAGGAAUUUCCUCAACGAUCUGAGAUAUGGGCCGGAAUAUGGAAGCCUUCCUUCGUUCUUGGGCAGGCUGAAGAGGGAGGACCGUCAAAACCAAUCGACGGCCAAAAACGGGCAGUUUCCAGAGGUAUUCCCAUUCAACACGAGCGGCUUCGUUGCGCGAGAGAAGCUUCAAUCCCAGAUCGAGGGCGAACUCAAUAUCAUCGGUGCCCCAAGGAUAUGUGCGUUGCAAGGUCUGGGUGGCAUUGGGAAGACCACAAUGGCCCGCAAAGUGGCCUUGGCUUUCAAAGACAAAUGUCAUAUCUUUUGGAUUGAUUGUCGCAUGCGGACGAAAAUGGACGAGGACUUUCUUGCCAUCGGACCAGCCUUGCAGCCGGGUGCCGACUCCUACGAUUUCCACCGCAUCAAGCAAGCCAUGGCCAGUAGAGAGGACUGGAUGCUGAUCAUUGACAACGUGGACAAUGAUGAGACUUUGGCCCAUGUGCAAGAAAACAUGAUCCGUCUCGUGGACAAGGACGCAUUCUGCUCACAGGAAGGGUCACCACACUUGGAAAUGUCAAGAAUGCGCCAUCAUGCGAAUUCCCAUUGA